AUGAAAAGAGAUGAUGAUAAAAGCAAAAUUAAACGUCAACCAAAACGUAAUAGUAAUAUACAAAUUAAAAGAAAUCUUAAAGAUGAAACACAAUUACAAACAGCAUGUAUUGAUGGUGAUAUUGAUAAAGUUAAAGAAUAUCUUGCAGCAAAACAUCCAGUAAAUGUACGUGAUAAUUGUGGCUGGACACCACUUCAUGAAGCAACAAAUUUUGAUUACAUUGACAUUGUUAAAUUACUAAUAAAACAUGGAGCAGAUGUUAAUGAUCCUGGUGGUGCACAAUGUGGAGGUAUAACACCAUUACAUGAUGCUGCAGCAUGUGGGCAUACAAUUAUGAUUAAUUUACUUAUGGAAAACGGUGCUGAUCCAAGAUUGGUAACAGACAAAGAUGAAACAGUUUUAGAUUGUCUUGUUGCUUGGCGUGAAAGAGUUAAAAAUUUAUCACAAUACGAUGAGAAUGAAUACAAAAAAAUAUGUGAUAAGCUGAGAUUAAUAUUACCAUCAAAAUUACUGAAUAAUAAAAAAUCUAAUGAUAAUGAAUUGGCUGUAGCACAACCAAGAUUAUUUCCAUCAAUUAUUGAUCAUGAAGAUCCAGAUGAUUUGAAAUUAUCAAAUGACGAUGAGCCAGUUGAUACAAAAGAUGCUGAUUGGAGAAAUUUUGCAUGGAUAUAA